AUGGCCUCCUCGUUCGACAACCGUUUGGAACAAGACGGAAUGUGCUCCGUGUACUCUGCGCAGCCGUCCGAGACAAACUGUUCGAUUAGCGAGGCUCUCGCCAAAGAGAUGAACGCCGUCAAUGAGAUGCCCGAUGAAGCAAUCCGUGAGUGAUUUUCAGAAGAUGGACAUGCAAAAUGCCCGUAUUCCAGAUGAUGCGUCGGUUUAUUCCGUGCCCAAAUCGGAGACAAAUGUGACCGUCAGCGACAGUUUCCGUCCGUGUCAAUCCAGUCAGAUCACUUUUCCCGGUUCUUCAGCCCACCUUUCUUUUCAGUGAACCAAUUCAAUUUGUCGGUCUACUCGGUGCCGAAAUCGGAGACAAAUGUGACGAUGAAGGAGAAGUUCGAAGGAUGUAAAGAUCGUAAGCCUACGACUUAUGAUCAAACGUAUUUAAUGGGAUCUUCUUCAGUGAGAAACGUGCUCUAUUCGGUCUAUUCGGCGCCUCCGUCGGAAACGAACGUCACGAUGCCUGCUAUGGACGCUCCGAGCAUCUCCGAAUACACUGCGCUCGCCUCGGAAACCAAUGCGACCAUGUCAGAUGCGUUCCGUCCGUGUAAUGUCCUUCAGGCGCUCGCUGACAAUCUGCUGGUCACCGAGCACACUGCUAAGUCUGGAGUGUGUAAGUGAAUAACGUAACUAGCCGAAAUAACGAUGAGAUUUCCAGUUCUGGACACUUCGGAUUACGUGGAUCAUCUGCAGCUGGAGCUCGGAAUCCCCGACAAGAAGGUGUUUGGAAUCGAGCGCAGUGACGGUUCCGUCGCGAAGAUCAUCGACUCGAAUGAGUGCCUGCUUCAUCUGGAGAGCUUCCAGCCGAUCCCCGUCGACUUCAGUCAGAUGCCCGCUCCCGUUUCGUUCAAAAAGUCGAUGAGCGAGAAGUCCGUGCAGAGCUACCUGCUUCAUUCGGCCGAAGGAAACUCCGUCCAUCACGAGCUCUGA